UUGCAGUGACGUAACGCCGGUGACGUCGCGGUGCUUCCCGUCAGGCUGGCAGUGUUUAGCUGUUACUGAAGGAGGCAGGGAAGCUGAAUACGCGUUACAAACAUGGCUUUAAACCGCAACCAUUCGCAAAACGGCGGCGUUUUGGUGAACAACGGAGAAAGCGUUUUAAGGGAAUGUAAGAAUGUGGAGCUGUCAUUCAGUGAUGUCACCGGCAAGUCAGAUCUGCUGAGGGGGACGAAGAAGGGCACUAUUUUCCUCACACCAUACAGGCUGUUGUUUGUGUCCAGCAACACCAAGGACUGCCUGGGUUCAGCCAUGUUCCCAUAUUAUCUGAUGAAGGGCUGCAGCAUCGAGCAGCCGGUCUUUGCAGCCAACUACAUUAAAGGAACAGUGUCGGCUGAGCCUGGUGGUGGCUGGGAGGGUCAGGCCCAUUUCAAGAUGUCAUUCCCCAGUGGUGGAGCCAUAGAGGUGGGACAGCACCUCUUCAAACUGGCCACAAAUGCUUCUCGUGCUCCUCCUGCCCAGAAUGGAGCUUCCUCUUAUGGUUACCCUUCACCCGGAAUGAUGAAUGGCUACGGCCCACCUCCGCCUGCUGCUCCUGGCUAUCCUUAUCCACCGCCUCCCCAGCAGAAUGGAUUCUACCAGGGGCCACCUCCUGCUGCUGGCAACAUGGGCUACCCCUAUCCAACAGCUGCUGCAGGAAUGUACCCAUCUGGUUUUGACUACAUGGCCCCUCCUCCCCCCUACCCUGGGCCACCCCAAAAUUGGGCUGCACCCCCUCAGAACUGGACAGGACCACCACCACCUCCAGGUAACUCCAAGGCGGCUGAAGCGGCGGGAAGUGCGUAUUACAACCCUAACAAUCCACACAAUGUCUACAUGCCCAUGGAGCGGCCCCCACCUUAUGCACCUUAUCCCAACACUCCUGACAAAAAGAACAACUGAGACUCAGGCAUUAAUACUUCAGUGACACUCCUCUCGCUUCCUCUGUAUCUGAAAUAUAUCCUAAAGCAAAGUUGAUGGAUACCUAUUCAAUUGUAGAAUAUAGAAAAGAAAACGCAAGUGAUAGAGAGCUCAAAGAUGUCAGUAACAUUUUACCAAUCAAGGAGUGAUAUUUUGGCUACUGGAACAGCUUGUAGCUGUCGCAUCGUUUCAAUACUGUUUCCUAAUUACUUUAGGUAUUUCAAAUAAUCGACAACUUGGAGGUCUUGCUUUUCUAAAACUUCAUUCUUAUCAUUCUCAGUGAUGGGAUCUAUCAUGUAAGUAGGGACAGCUGUACUGUCCCUGUAGGAGUCGAAGGGAGGGGAGCAGUACGGAGAAUGUAUUUUUUUAAGACAGAUUUGUUACCAAAACAUUUUGUAAUGUUUUGUUGAAUUUGCAGUUCCUAUAGUUAUUAACAAUAGCAGCUUCUAAUAUAAACAGUUGAGUAUUUUUGCAGUAUCAUUGCAAGUACCGUGUGUGUUUCCUAUUUAGUUUUGCAUUGAGUAGUCCAUAUACAAAACUAGACUGGGUUUAAUAGGGUUCAGUAAUAGAAUAUCCGAGUGAUUCUCAUAAGUUAAAAAUCCCCUCAUCAAUGACUAACAGGAUCCUGUGCUAAUCUCACAGUCUCUAUUCUAAAGUAACACAUCUAUAAGAAGCUUGGUUUUCAAAAGGAGAGGUAAAAUUUUUGAAAAAGGGGGUCAUAUUUCCUACAAAACAUGUCUGUUUAUGUGCAAUAUUUGAACCUGACAUAACAAGCUUAGUGACCCUGUGGUCUGCUCCUAGCUUCUAUUAUAUUCAUGUAUGCAAAGCCAGGCUGAAACCAGAACUCUACUCUUUCAGUAAUUACACCAGUGUGGGGUUACAGGGCCACGCUGAUUUAUUAAGGCCCUUCAGUGUUUUUGCCUGCUGUUGAAACUUCUGAAUGCAAACCAUUUAUUCCUGAUUAAAGUGGAGCAGGGUGCCAACAGGCCGUGUAAUUUGCGUCCCCCUCGGUGUGCAUCAGUUAACGCCUGUAUGAAGGACUAUUUGCACACAGUUGUAGUUGGAUAGAGGGAGGUUUGCUUGAUUUAAUCAAAUGUCUGUAUAUUAAUAUUUCUUUUGCAGUUCCUAUUCCUUUUGCAGAAUUUCAUCUGUCAAUUAAAAUCUAAUAAAUAUUCCAUUUUAUUGAA